AUGUCUUCCGCUCCCACCAAGAAAGAAUUCCUCUGCAUCCUCCCGGACAAGCCCGGCAUACAGGCCAAGCGUCUCGAAGUUCGGCCUACCCACCUUGCUGGUGUUAAGCCUAAUGUUGAAUCGGGCUUCAUCGUUGCUGGCGGUGCCAUGCUUGAGGCUCACCCGGCUGAUGGCGAGUCUCCUUCCUUUAAGGGUAGCAUGAUGCUCGCUGUUGCUGAGAGCGAGGCUGAGGUUCGCGCCUUGUUGGAGAAGGAUAUCUAUGUUACCAGCGGUGUGUGGGAUAUGGAGAAGGCUCAGAUUAUUCCGUUCAAGUCUGCUGUGCGUGAGCAGCUCAAGCUGUGA